CGAGUCAAACCUAUGUCCCACAGCCGAGCCCAGGCUGCAUUGAUCUUUGUCUUGCCAGUCAGCUGAAUGGGGGAGUCGAGACCAGCAGAGGGGGGGUGAACGGGACCAGAAUCCGGAUUGGGUUCAGAAUCAGGAACGAAGUCACGAGAACGGGAGGGAGAAGCUGUGCGAGAAGGAGAGAGCUGCGGCGCAGAGGGGGAGCCGCACAAAGUAGCGAAGCUACAUGAAGUAGAGGUGCCACGCGCAGGAGGAGCUGCUGUGAGGGAAGCCGCGCGGGGAAGAACUGUCGCGGGGGAGAAGCUGUCGCGGGAGGGGAAAGAUCGCGCGUGGAGGGAGUUGUCGCAGGCGCUGCUGCGCACUGGUGUUGCCAUCCUUGUUGGGCAGCUGGUGCAGUUGCUGAACAUCGGUCUUCAAGGUGUCCAGCUGCUUGCUGAUGGUGGCUGGUGCAGCGAAGGUGCUGAUGUCGCCGAGCAUUGCGACUACAUGGUCAACUCGUUCCUCCAAUUGGCAGGCAAAGGGUGCACUGCUGGACUCGCCAGCAUCUGGUCUUGGUGCAACUUGCUCCAAGUCCUGUACACGGGAAUCAAGUGCCCAUGUAGCAUCCUCGUGCAGAUCCUUGUGGUUCCGCACCGCCUGUCGGAGAUUCGCCAGCUCGGGCUGCAGGUGGUUACAAGUGUAAACCAACCGGGUCACGAGUUUGGCAAGAAACUCCUUGUGCUGCUCUUCCGGUGUUCGGACGUGCUGAAGACGAAACUGGAGCGAUGGCCACGCAGUUUGUUGACAGGCAAUCAAAUAUCAGGGAUUAUUCCUUUGUCAAUCGGGAACUUAAGUGCUCUUUAUCGACUUUCGUUAGAUGAGAAUAGUCUUGACGGCCCUCUUCCAGAGACUCUGGCGAAUCUCCAGUGGUGUGGACAUCUGCAUCUGAACAAUAACUCCUUUUCGGGAAGUCUCCCAAGUUCUCUCGGGAGAAUGCCAUCACUCCAUCACUUGAUUAAAACCAACUCCUGCGUGACGCGACCGGGAGGGUCCCGCGCUACCCUUGAGUGGUGCCGGACCGAUGCGUUCGACAACGCGACGACUCAAGUCCACGGCCGCCUCCGGCAGCGGGAGCAGCGACCUGUCGCCGCCCCCGAUACAAGCUCUUCCAACACCUCCGAUCGCCUCGAAGCAUUGGAGAUGGACGUCGGCUCCCUCAAGGACGGCGUGCAGUUACAGCAAACCGCAACGCAACAGUUGGAGCAGCGGAUCUGUACAACCGCCAACAACUCGAGUUCGGAACCGCGCGAGACAGCUCCAAAGUUUGAGGGGCAGGAAAUCUUCUGCGACUCGACGAAGACAAAUCCGAUUCCAUGGUUCCACAAGUUCGAGCUCACACUACAUCUGCAUUACGUCAAAGAACACAAGCACCACGGAGUACUUAUACUCCCGGUCGAGGGCGCGUGCCAAGCAUGGUUGGACAAUCUCUUGUCGAAGUACGGAGUGGUAGCUGGCGACUUGCAUACCAAGAUCAACCGGGAUGAUCUCAAGGCGGCGUGGCAUAAGCGGUUCCAAGUAGAGCCGUUGGAGAUCAAGGCAAUGGACAAGCUAAUGGUCUUCGAACAAGGCAUGUUGUCGAGUGUCGACUGGAUUGCCGAGUACCAACGCUUGACAUCCGUCCCGGACAUCCAGAUGGGCUUCAAAGCCAUCCGCCACUACUUCAUCUCAAGGUCGUGUCCGACAUUAAGCAAUGCCCUGACGCACGUCGAGGACACCUUGACGACAACGGCGGAACUCUUUGACAAGGCCGCGCAGAUCAUUAUCACAAACAAGGAGGCUAAGAACCUGCGUUCGUCUGCGCCAGGGCCGAGCAGAGACCAGCAUCGGCCAAGAGUGGUCGUGGUCGCGGUGGCAACGUCGUUUGACCAAACUAGCGAGGCCAUGUAUGCCAAUGAAGGGGACAAACUCUCAGCCGCCUGGGAAGGUGGCCGCCCCGGCAAAACCAGAGGACGCGGCAAGGCGAAGACGAACACCGCAUCUAGCCCCAGCCUUGCGCAUAUGCGACUUGCUUUUGCCUACGCGCGUCACUACGGAUGCGUUCGGCUAUGGCAUUGGUGCGGUCCUCGAGCAACACGAUGGCGCGGACUCGACUAUUUCAGCAAGAAAGUGUCGGUUGUGCACUCCAUCGACGAUGCAUGCAAGAAGGAGCUCCUCGCCUUCUUCCACGCACUCAAGCGGUGGUGGCACUUCCUCCUUGGUGGAAGCCGAUUUCGAUGGGUAACACACAACAAUCCGUUGGUCUUUUACAAGACCCAAGACACCGUCAACAGCACCAUCGCUCGAUGGAUGGCUUUCAUCGACCAGUUCGACUCCUUUCCCGAUCACAUUCCGGGGAAGUCGAACCGUUUUGCGGAUGCUCUUUCACGGCGUCCGGAUCAUUGUACCGCGUUCUACUCAACCUUCGAGAUCGACGACGACCUGCAGAACGGCUUCAUCCGCGGCUACCAAGCCGACCCCGAGUUUCGCGACAAGUACGCGAAUUGCUCCUCUCCUAAUCCGGCGCCUUCUCAUUACCGGAUCCAAGAGGGGUACUUGCUUGUCCACAUACGGGGGAAGGACCUUCUUUGCUUACCGAGUCACUUGCGUACACGGAUUCUUGGCGCGUUCCACGAUGCUCCCGCAACCGGACACUUUGGAGUCAAUCGCACAAUUGGUCGACUUCGCGAGCGAUUUUGGUGGCCCGGCCUUCUCGGCGACGUCACACGCUAUUGCGAGUCAUGCGAAGUUUGCCGACGCUGCAAAUUCCGCAACCAUCGUCCCUACGGCGAGUUACGACCAUUACCGGUCCCUUUGCGACGAAGGAAAGCGAUUGCCAUGGACAUUACCGGCCAGUUCCCCAAGCACAAGACCGGCGUGGAUGGGAUUCUCACGGUGGUCGACCGACUCACGAAGUUUGCCAUGUUUUUGCCUUGCCGCUAUCAUGCCAAGGCACCGGAGUUGGCCGAGGUUCUUUACGCCGGUUGGAUUCGAACCAAGGGUUACCCCAAGGAAAUCGUCUGCGACCGCGACACUCGGUUCAUGUCCGAUUUUUGGUUGGCGUUCAUCAAGCGUUGGGGCUCAUCUCUCAAGCCCAGUUCAGCUCGCCACCCCGAGACCGAUGGCCAAACAGAGAGGGCGCACCAGACCGCACAGGUUCUCCUUCACACUCUCAUCCGUCCUGACUAGAAGGAUGGGGUUGAGCGGCUGCCGGAUGUCGAGUUGGCCUACAACUUCUCCAUCCACCUGGCUAUCUGGAUGUCGCCCUUCGA